GGAAGUGCUUCCGGGUGAAGGUAGAGGUUUGUCGACUAUCCCCUGCAUGGCAUGGUUGACAGGAUAGCCAACGAUUCAGACGGAGAACCGGGGCGUACGCUUUUAAUCAAGCUCUUUUAAACGUUAUACAGUUAGAAAUAGGAGUAAUCUAAUUGUUUCUUCUCGCCUGAACAGCUGUCCUGACUCACCGAGAGCGGAAAUUCUUAUUUGUCAUUGCUCGGUUAGCCGACUAACUAACGCUCGUUAACGUUGCUCUUUGAAAAUGGCGGAUGUUCCUGCAGAGAAGAGUCUGGACGAUUUCUUUGCCAAGCGCGACAAAAAGAAGAAGAAAGAGAAAGGGAAGGGGAAGGAACCCGCCGCCGGGACAACCACGUCGGUUGUGGUGAAGAAGACAAAGAAAGAGAAGGAGAAAUCGACAAAAAGCGAAAACCAAGAUGCUCAACUUGAAAAGGAGGAUGAGGAGUGGAAGGAGUUUGAGCAGAAAGAAGUGGACUACAGUGGGCUUCGGCUCCAGGCGCUGCAGAUAACGGAUGAAAAGGAGGAUGAGGAGUAUGAGAAGGAGGAGGUAGGAGAGGACGGAGAGAUUAUUCUGGUUAGUGGAGACAAAAUAUCUGGUCCCUGGAACAAGUCUGGUGGUGCUGCGCCUCCUCCUGCUGCUUCACCUGUGGAGGAAUUAGAAGUGCCCGAGUCGAAGCCCGCUGGAGUGUAUCGACCUCCAGGAGCUCGACUCACUCCCAGUAGACGAGGGCCCACCCAGGGGCCUCCUGAGAUCUACAGUGACACACAGUUCCCCUCUUUACUGUCCACCGCCAAGCACGUCGAGACACGCAAAGACAGAGAAAUAGAGAAGACCUUUGAAGUUGUAAAACACAAAAAUCGUGGCAGAGAAGAGACCAGCGGUGCUUCCAUGCAGCAACUGCAGCUGGACAACCAGUACGCCAUCCUGGGGGACAAGUAAAGCUGCUCCCCGCCGUCCCCUGGCCCCCUCCAGCACGGUCCUGCUCGGCGCCUUUAAGGAAGUCGAACUCCAGCUGUGUGGACUGCAGUCCUAACCGAGCUCUUCCUGCCAGCAUCACUCACACACACACAUCUAUCACACACAGUACCCCUGCAGUGACACUCCCUUUAAUUAACACAUCCAAAAAACACAUCUGGUUGGCAAAAGUAGAGGACUGCAUGUGAAGGGGCUGACAAAAAGAGAGAGAGAGGGGGGGGGGGGGCGCAACUGAAACGGGAUCGGCAAAGUAAAUACUAACCAACGACGCAGCAGCAGCAAGUGGAGGCAUCGUCGUCCUGCGUGGAUCGUUCUCAGAGCUGCUGUUGAGUAAAUCUUCUCUCUGGACUUCAACGUGCUCCAACAAAGCCACAGAGGAUCAAAGAUGACUUUAGGCAAGAUUAUUUUACAAACUUCUGUGAGAAUAUCUAUUUUUUUGCAAGAUGGCUACAACCCAAUCGCACGUGGUCGUUUUGAGGUGUGUUUUUGAGUUGCAGUUGUUGCUUUGGGGAUGUGGAUUGUACCUGAGCAACAUAGCUGGUGGUGACCAUGUGGACUGAGCUUUUCUUUUAAUUUCUUGCUGUGGUGAUAAAGGGGGCGGCAGCCUACCCCUUCCUCUUACAUACCCAUCAGCCUUCAGGCUCUUUCAUUUAGACACCUGAAGCGUUGCUUUCUUUCAGACGUUGAUGAUGACACUGCAAAAAUCCAUUAACAAGCAGCACUGGGUUGUGUUUGUCAUUAGUAUUUCUAUAUAAAGUGGCCUUACUAAUGGAGAGAAGCUGUCAUCUGAUAUGUUGUCUGAUUGGCUGGUGCCUGUAUCUGAUGUCACCAACAGAAAAUCACUUAAAAGUAAAAAAAAUAAAAAUCUGAGCAGGAAUGGAGUUGUUGUAGUUUGCCAGAUGCUUACAACUAAUAACCGUCUUUCAUAUCCACCGUUUGAUUUCUGCUGCCCAUAAUUUCCUCUUCAUACAUCUGAAAAGGAAUUAUUAAAGCUUAUUUGUAAUUAGACGCAUUCUCUUUGGCUAACAGAUAGAUUUACUUGUGUUUGCCAUCAGGUAGCCACAGAUAUCACAAUGAUGGGAAGAGGAACCACUUCUCUUGACUGCUUUCAGUUCAAAACUUAGUUUGCUGUAAAGUAGUCACGUAAAUGCAGAAGUGUUUCUUCUCUUGAAUCGUUGCUUUUCCUUAGAAUUAUCUAACUCAGCCUUUGGUGAAGUUGUGUAGAACAUGAAACGUGUGCAAGCCGGCUCUGCAGAAAGUUCCAGCCUUCGCUGAAUGCAUACCACCACCAAACAGAGCGAAGUGUGACAAGUGAUUAUUAAAUGGAAAGUAAUGCUUGGAAAUCUAAACUGGGUUUCUGUACUAUGUAUGCUCUCCCCAUGAAACGUUUAAGGUGGACACAGAUCUGUGAUUAUAGAGACUAGCCCCACCCAAAGCAUUUGUGAAAAAACUAGGUUUUCUAGUGUCAUUUUCCAGAAAAGUUCUUGUUCAUUAGUGAACUCAAGGCUUGUGUCGUCCUGUUCCUCGCACUAAAAUACAACAUACCUGAUUCCAAUGUGGUCUGAUGUCGUCAGAGUAGGCGGUCCUUUCCUCUUGUCUUCGCACAUCGGAUAAAUAAAUAAAGUUACAACUCUUAAGAGGAAAAUGAAAUCAAAUGAUCUUAUACCAAGCUUAUUAACAAAUAAAAGUCUUUUCUCACA